AUGGGUUUACAGGGCGGUGACUACAGAAAUAAUGCUGCAUUGAUCAAGUGUAAGCCUAAACCGAAACUAGUUGAGGAGGUACAUGAAACUGCAGCAAAAGUGGCUCCAGAUGAUGCUCAAAACAAAUCCUCAAUGGCCACCAUGGGUCCACCUCAAAUACCACCUCGUAUUUCCAGAAAACUUACAUCACCAGUUUGGAUUCACUUCGAGAAGGUGACAGUGAAUGGUGAAGAGAAAGCGAAAUGUGUGUAUUGUAGCCGAUAUUACUCUGCCAAAGGCAAAAAUGGUACCUCUCAUCUGAAAGAUCACAUUGAACUAAGGUGCAGUAGAAAGCAUAGUGAACAUGUUGAUUUGCGCCAAAAACUAUUGUCUAUCAAUCGUAAACAAAAUUCAACAUCGCAACUUGAGAACCAUGUGUUUUCUCAAGAGGCAUCAUGA